GGCCCCGGUCGGGAAGGAGUGCGGUGCUGGAGCGAUGGUAAACGCCUCCGAAACACUUGCACCGCUGGCAUUUCUGAGAGGACAGAGUCAAAACUGCCCCCAAUCUGGCUAUGAUCCAGCCUCGUGCCCAUAAUGAGUAGCUCCUUCUCCUCUUAAAAGUAACAAAAGUACGUUUGUUUUGUUGUUAUAAAAGGUGAUCGGGAAAACGUUGUGCCCCAACUGGUGAAUUUACAUGCCAGUGCUGUAAAGUUUGUUGUCUUCGGUGUAGAAUUGGCUAAGAGCAGUACCUGGAUAUGUGUUUUGUCAAAGAGUGGUUUCUCCUUUAUUCAUGCAACAAAGGCAAAUAUUUAAGAUGCUGCAUUCUCUGACUUGUUUUGAAGGUUGCACAGCACAAGAACUUGAAACUUUUUCUUGUUCUAAAUCUCACAUGUGUCUCUUGGCCUUAAGAAAGAGGGUUAUAGGAACAGAUAUUUCAAGAUGUCACUCACUAUGGCUUUGAUUGUGCAAACAGGCACAAUCGUAGCUUUACUACCACGAGUAACCCUGCUAUUCACAGUAUGGAAGUUAAGCAUGUGCACUGAGGCCUGCAGUUUGAAAUGCUUUCAUUUAUGAAGAUUAAUUACUCCUCCACCCAAAAGAAAAAGCUUAACUUCACUACAAGGAAGAUCACAUUUUAUUUGUAAAGCUAGGGUAAAGCAACAGACAUACUUCUUGGAGAACACCUGCAUGAACAGAUUCUUUACAAAGCUUAAAAUCUCAAAAAUAGACAACUACUGGCAAUCAGCUGCUUGUUAUUUUCUUGCUACAGUUUUAACAGAGUUGCCUGAUUGACAUCUCCAUCAUGGAUUCUGCCAUAAUACAAACGUGGAAUUGACUCUUCAGCCGCACACAAGCCUACUAAAUUAAAAAGCAAUGAGUGCAGUAGCCUCCAGCUAGACAAAUAGCUACAGUUGUCAUUUAAGGAGUUGGACCAUAAAGAAUCUGAUUCUUUUUGCAGUCUGUUAAUGAAAUGGGUAGAGAUGCAAUUGUUAGAUCUUAAAUAGUGACAUACAAAUGAUGAGGCUGAUUUAGUUGCUUAAUGAAAACCACCAAAAAUGGAAGGAGAAAGAUGAUUUAAAAAAAAAAAAGGAACUUUCAAGAUAUGUACUUGCCCUGUUCAAUAAUUGUGUGAUAUCAUUGUCACAUUUUUCUCUCCUUUCCUUUUAGUCUGUUUAUGAAUCACACAUUUUUGUCAUGUCAAACUUACACUGCAAACUCUACAGGACAGUCCUUGAAUUUGAACAUGUCUACCUUGAAAAUCUUCCGAGUGCUUCAAUGUAUGAACGCAGUUACAUGCACAGAGAUGUCAUUACACACGUAGUGUGUACUAAGACAGAUUUUAUCAUAACUGCCAGCCAUGAUGGACAUGUCAAAUUCUGGAAGAAAGUAGAAGAAGGGAUUGAAUUUGUUAAACAUUUUCGUAGCCAUUUAGGGGUCAUUGAGAGUAUUGCAGUUAGUUCCGAAGGGGCAUUAUUCUGUUCUGUUGGGGAUGACAAAGCAAUGAAGGUGUUUGAUGUAGUGAACUUUGAUAUGAUCAACAUGCUGAAACUUGGCUACUACCCUGGCCAGUGUGAAUGGAUAUACUGCCCUGGAGAUGCCAUAUCUUCUGUUGCAUCUUCUGAGAAGAGCACAGGAAAGAUAUUCAUAUAUGAUGGUCGAGGAAAUAACCAGCCACUUCAUGUUUUUGAUAAACUCCAUACAUCCCCUCUUACUCAGAUACGGCUGAACCCCACCUACAAAGUAGUAGUGUCUUCUGACAAGUCUGGAAUGAUUGAAUACUGGACUGGGCCUCCUCAUGAAUAUAAAUUCCCAAAAAAUGUGAACUGGGAGUAUAAAACAGACACCGAUUUAUAUGAAUUUGCUAAAUGUAAAGCUUACCCAUCCAGUAUAUGUUUCUCACCUGAUGGCAAGAAAAUGGCCACUAUUGGUUCCGAUAGAAAAGUUAGAAUUUUCAGGUUCUUGACUGGGAAGCUUAUGAGAGUCUUUGAUGAAUCCCUGAGUAUGUUUACUGAGCUGCAACAGAUGAGACAACAGCUGCCAGACAUGGAGUUUGGCCGACGUAUGGCUGUUGAGCGUGAGUUGGAGAAGGUGGAUGCAGUCAGGUUAAUUAACAUAAUUUUUGAUGAAACUGGACACUUUGUGCUCUAUGGAACAAUGCUGGGUAUUAAGGUCAUAAAUGUAGAAACUAACCGGUGUAUUCGUAUCUUGGGCAAACAGGAAAAUAUCAGGGUGAUGCAACUGGCUUUGUUCCAAGGUGUAGCAAAGAAACAUCGUGCUGCAACCACUAUAGAGAUGAAGGCAUCUGAAAACCCUGUACUCCAGAAUAUCCAAGCAGAUCCAACAAUAGUCUGCACAUCUUUCAAAAAGAACAGGUUUUACAUGUUUACUAAACGUGAGCCAGAAGAUACAAAGAGUGCAGAUUCUGACAGAGAUGUAUUUAAUGAGAAACCAUCUAAGGAAGAGGUCAUGGCAGCCACUCAAGCUGAAGGCCCCAAAAGGGUUUCUGAUAGUGCCAUUAUCCACACAAGUAUGGGAGAUAUUCAUGUCAAGCUUUUCCCUGUUGAGUGCCCCAAAACAGUGGAGAAUUUCUGUGUACACAGCAGGAAUGGUUACUACAAUGGGCACACAUUUCACCGUAUUAUCAAGGGUUUUAUGAUUCAGACUGGUGAUCCAACUGGUACAGGAAUGGGAGGUGAAAGCAUCUGGGGAGGAGAAUUUGAAGAUGAGUUUCAUUCAACUUUACGACAUGACAGACCCUACACACUUAGUAUGGCAAAUGCAGGAUCAAACACCAAUGGUUCCCAGUUUUUCAUAACAGUGGUACCAACUCCUUGGCUGGAUAACAAGCACAGUGUCUUUGGACGAGUAACUAAAGGAAUGGAAGUUGUUCAGAGAAUCUCAAAUGUGAAAGUAAAUCCCAAAACUGACAAACCGUAUGAAGAUGUCAGCAUCAUUAAUAUCACUGUGAAGUAAAAUAGAAUUUGAAAAACUUACCUUAAAAAUAAUGUUGUGGGAUCCAAAAGCAAACACACUGAGCAGUGGGACUUCAUUUUUUAAUAGUUCUUCGCUCUGGAAACCCCCAGGACUGAACAAACACCAAUCGUGUAGCUGAAAUGCCCCAAACUGUAUUUUUAAUAACUUUAUAUUUUAAAAUAAAAGGUGACUAUGUUAA